AGAAACUCGACGAGAAGUUGGAAAAACAAAAGGAUCUCCCAGGAGGAAUUUUUACGUUGAUCCAGAUUAAAAUAGUCGGGAGACGGGGCGGUGAGGAAAUGUCGAGUGAAAGGAAAGUAUUCUACUCUAAAAUCCCGAUGCAAAAUAGAAUUUUUCCAUUUAUGUAGUGCUUUCUGCUUCCCUUUUCAGGACGUCCCAAAGCAUUCUGAUGCUAAUGAUACAAUUGUGUCUAUAUAAAAUUAUACAUAUUCAAAUGCUUACUCGUGUUUUGUCGCUUUUGCGGGAAAAUGCAGGGCUGAUGAGAGUUUUCGCUCCUUAAACGAAGGGGUUCCUCUCCAUUUAGUGUUGUAAUGACUCGGAUCAACACCGGCCCCGACUCCUGUGCGGUGCGAGCAGUACUUGCAGCCAGUUCCAGCGAGCUGCAAAUUUACACCGAGUUACUGACGACUGCUGUGGCGCUGGGCGUUUUCCUGGGUAUCAUUGGGGGAGUUCUGCUUUACUUUUUCGUUUUGGAAUCUGUCCUUCAAAGAAAGCAAACGUGUUCAGAUGGGAUUGAUGAUAGUUCCGAUUCUGAGGGUACCCAGAGUGAUGACAGCAACUCCGAAACCACCAAAGCUGGAUCGUCCGCUUUCCAAGAGGAAGAUGAAUUAUCAAUCAACAGUAAUGUGGCUGCUUUUGCAUUGAAAGCAAAAAUCAUAUAUCCCAUUAAUCAAAAAUUUAGGCCAUUAGCAGAUGGAUCUUCUAACCCUUCUCUGUUAGAGAACUUCAAACAACAAGACUACAGCAAAAGGGCAAAAGAAGAUUUUGUUCUGUCGGGCUCUGAGGCACCUGGUGAAAUGGAAGAAGGAAAUAGCAAUUAUUUUGCAGGGAAUUAUUCACCACUGGAUCCUAAAAUAUAUAAUGAGGAUACAAAAGUUUUAAUGAUAACAUUCUUCCCAGAAAUACUGGGCUAUUCAAGUCCUGAGGCAGAUCUCGGCCUGUACAGACUCAGUCUUCAAGACUUGAGACAAUUAGAUACAGACAUGCAUCAAGAAAAAUGUACGAUAUUUCUUCAGUUAUUAAGAAUGGAACUGAAUAAUUUGUAUUCAAGAGAGAAAAUUGGUGAGAAUGUCUACAGGGAUUUUCUUUCCAUGAAAGAGAAGGAAUUACAAGAACUGCUGAAGAAACAUCAGUCAGUGCUGCCAGAUGUAGCUGACAGGGAAGAGGCUGAUUGCCUUUAUACCUUGGAAGAAAUUGAAAGUGAUGAACGAGAUUAUUUGCAAUAUGCCAUACAACAGAUGAGUAAGUUCUUCCAGCAAACUGAAAUACUUCUGAAACACUCUGAGCUCACUGAAAUCACUGUGAAGGAGAUAAUGCAAAACAUAGGGGACAAAAUGUCCCAGGUGGAGAGCAUGCUAACUGACACUCUGACUUUGCGGGUCAUGGUUAUUGUAGAUAAGUUGAUGCGUUGGAAGUUCAUGGCAAAACGCCUUUAUUUCCUCAAGCGGCUUGCUCAGCAGGAAAACAGAGACAAAUUGAAGGUGGUGACAUCUGUCCUGGACUCUCUCACCAGAGAUGCUAUGUUGACAUCUUUGCAAAAAGAAGAGCUAACAGCUAGAUUACAAAGUACAAUUUGGGGUUGUGUGAACACAUUGGAUAAUGAAUUUACAAAGCAGACAAAAGACAUCAUUUUGGGAAUGAAGAAACGGCGGAGGACCCUGUUGAAAAGACUUGAAGAGACACAAAGAGAGCAUGCUGCGAAUCUGAUGGACAAGGCUAGGAGAACAUUUGCUCCAGAUGACUUUAUUAAGAGUUAUCAUGAACUUGAGGAACGAAACAGGCAGCUCCGCAGUGAAAUGGAGGAUGAAGAAGAUCAUAACGACGCAAAGGCAGUUACUGAACUGUGGAAGAACCUGCACUGUACUUCAUCACAGACUGUGGACAAAUUGAUUGAGGAGGUUUUUUCAGAAGCUCUACCAAACCUCACUGAAGUAUCUUCAUCUGCAAUGGAGACCCUGAGAAGCCAAAUGCAGCAAGAUCUAAGAGCAAGCAGACAGGCAGCAGAAGAAGAAAGAAAAUGGCAUUUGACAUUGUUCGAAGAAAAAUUGGUCCAAAUGAAGCAGGAAUGGCUAAAUGAGAAAGCACUUAAUUCAGCUAAACAGAAACACCUGGUUGACUAUCAGGAACAGAUAAUUCAGAACUUCCUACUGAAGCAGACUGCACUAGAUGAGAAGAUUUCUAAGCACAUUGUGCUGGAACAUAAGACAGCUUUACAGUCUGUGGUUAGAUGGUUAACUCUGAGACAUCUUGGUCUAAUGACACUCAAGGAAAUGAAGCUUUACAAGACAAAAUGUCAGAUGGAUGAACUAGGAGAACAGCGAUUAAAAGAACUUCCGAUUUGGGAUGAGCAUGAAGACGAAAGCAAGAAACGAAGGGAAAAUCUGGUGUCCAGAUUGUCAAAAGAAAAAGAGAAGUUUUGCCAAGAGACUGAAUUGCUGCUUCACCAGCAGCUCACUGUAGAGUCCAGGGCACUGCUGGAUCUUUUGCAGCAUCACAUGGUUCAGGUGAUUGGCUGUGCUCUCGUCCACCAAGCCAGAACCAACUCUGCCAAGCAGAACCAUAUAGAUAGCACACAUCAACUCAAGAAUCUUUUAGUAGAGAGAACGAUGGAGAGUGUCUAUGUGACCAUGGAAGGUGCAAAUUGUCUUAUCCAGAAGUACUUCCAACAGAUGGAAGAAACCAUGGAGCAGUACAGAAAAGACAGAAGAAAUCAGCUGAGGUCCCUGCAAGACACUUUUAAAAGGAAACAGCACAUUAAGGAGAAGAUGAUUGAAGAAAAUCUUAGUGCAGGCAUGGCUAAUAUGAAGACAAAACGCUUUACUUCAACAAAGAUUCAACACCAGAUGAUGCUGCAGCAGAGGAGAAUUAUUUCAUUGCUUUUGCUUGAAGAGGGGAUAAACAUGGAGUUCCUAAAGCAGAGGGCGGAGCAGCUCCGUCAACUGAAGGAGCAGCUAGAUAAACACUUGAAGAUGGCAGAGGAAACAUUCAUAUCAGAGCUUGCAGGUUUAACAAGGAUUUCACAAGCAGAAUGGAAGAUACUGGAGAAUAAGUUCCUUUCGGGUAUGGAAUCAGGAUCAUUUUCUCAAGCAAAUAAAAACUCAGAGGAUUAAAUCAGUUUUGGAUUGUGUUCCACAUGUCAACUGCAAAUUUCACAAAAGCACAUUUUGUUCUCUUUCUGGACAUACAUUUAGUCAUAGAUUUUACACAACAUAGAAACUUUGAAGUCCAUCAAGCACUCAUCUACACUAGUCCUGCAAUAUUUUCCCCACAGUCCCACCCCUUCAGAUUCUGCCACUACACUUACGUAAACUCUAGGAACCAAAUAAUCUACCAAGCUGUAUGUCUUUAGAAAAAUGAAACUAGUGCACACAAAGGAAACGCAAAGUCACAGGGGAAACAUGCCAACUUCACACAAACAGUACCUUGGUCACUGUACCUGUGAGGAGGUGGCUCUGUUUUUCAUGCAGCAUGUGGUUUACUGUGUACAAAGGAAAAUAAACCACUGAUGUUUACUUUUAUUACUUACAAGUGUAAAUGUUAGUCGUAAGCCAAUGUUUAGGACAAAAAGCGAAUCCCUCUUUUUGAGAGGGUCUAUCAGAAUAUUCCCUUUGUUCUGUUAAGUCUUUGUUAAAACAUAUGGUCUGAUCCAGGUAAUAUUCAGGGUCAUUACUGUAAGAUAUUCCUAACUAUAGAUUAUUCUCAAUGUAAAAUCCCAUUUGAAAUUUCCAACAGUAACUACAAUUGGACUAAUUUUUUUCAAUGAUCUAACAGUGAAGUAUACAAAAGCAGUGUUUAAAAUAACAAAUCAGUAAGAUAUGUUAAAGUGGUAUUUUGUGUUCCAGUUAGAAUGUGAAUGUCAACUGUGACAAUUAUGGUUUUAUUUUUGUUAUGUAGAUUGUUCUUUAUUUCAACCUGGUUAUGUGUAUUUCCAUAUUUCACAUUUUAACCCACUCAAUAUUUUUUCAUAUUUUCACUCUCAGUAAGACAACAGCCAUUGGUCAAUCGUCAGAGAUGCUAAGGUCAAUAAACUUAAUUCACAAAUUAUUCAUCUCUUUAAAAUUAAUACAACCAAACCAUUCAUUUCUCAGUAUAUCCCAUGACUGCUCAUGGAACUCUCAUAAUAUCUACAAGUCUGAAAUGUUUAUUGAGACAUCCUUGGCCAUAAGACCUUAAGCUGUAGCAGUAGAAUUAGGCCAAUUGGCCCAGCAAGACUCCUAUCAUUUGCUUAUGGCUGAUUUAUUUUCCCUGUAACUUUUGCCCUCCUUACUAAUCAAGAAACACUGAAACUUUGCUUUAAAUAUACCCAAUGACUUGGCCUCAACUGCCAUCUGUGGCUAUAAAUUCUACAGAGGAUUCACCACUUUCUGGCUAAAGAGAUUCCAUGUCAUCCCUGUUCUAAUGGGAUGUCCUUCUAUUCUGAGGCUAUGUCAUCAAACUUCAUCUUAUUAACUCUUAGUUCUCCAAAAUUUCUAAGACUCACAUAAUAUUAUCUGCAAACUCUGCAAAAACUCUUGUUUUACCCUUCAACAGCAAUACAAGUAACCUAUCAGUCCUUAGUUAUGCUCAAAAGGUUCAAUGAAUACCAACCAUAUUAAGCUGAAAAAUUAUAACUCAACAUACUUUUAACAUUCUCACAAUGAUGAGUGAAGUUACCACUAGUUUGUCAUUCUCAUUUUAUUUUGCAAGAAAAAGACAUACUUUUUUUUAUCUGCAAAAUUCUGGUUUUCAAGUUUGUUAUUACCCAUUUCUGGAUUAUUUUUGCAGCUUGAAUUCAAAAAGAAAUUUGGUCCUUGAUCUGCAUUGCACUAUAUAAUGACAAUGAGAAGAAAAUCACUAGCUCAGGGAAGAAGCAAAAUCCAAAAUUGACAAAUUACUAGAUCUGAAACUGAAGGUGCAGGCAGAAGUAAAAUAAUUGUAAAAUACUCUGUGAAAUAAUGGUGUUGUGAAAUACACUAAUGAUAAAAUAAAAUGUAAUCCAAUUUCCAACUGCAUGAAUAUCAAAAGCUUACUAAGAAAGUGUAAAACAACAUAUUUACUGGAACGUAUACAGUUUGAUUUUACCUGUACUUUACCUAGCACUAUCUUAAUCUAAACACAAGGAAAUCAAAAGCAACAGACACAAAAUGCUGAAGGAACUCAGCAGGUCAAGCAGCAUCUGUGGAAAUGAGUAAACAGUUGCCAUUUCAGGCCAAGGCCCUUCUUCAGAGCUAAUCUAGGCUGCCAUCUUUCAAAAUACCAGUUUAUGUUAGGUACUUUAACCCAAGCUUUAAAAUAAUGUGAUUUUCUCUUGUAAAAACAAGUCUGCUAUAAAUAAUUAGGUUUGAGUAUACUUAUGCUGCUUUUCUGAAUGGCAUUAUUCAACAUCAUUGUUUUAUGAAUUAUUAAAGGAGGGAAAGGCUGAGGGGCAUCACUUCUCUGGGUUUUAAAUCCUUUGAGUACCAUUUUAUUGAUAAAACAGGAAUGUCGAUUAGAAUGGGCUUUGUUCUAAACUUCUCUCCCUGCAGGGAAAGUAUCUGUUUUGUCCUCAUGAACCAAAAACAGAG